AUAUCAUUUUUUCAAUAACCAACAAACAGUAGUUUAUCUGUAACGUUUGUUAUCAAAAAUACAAAUUUCCAUCAGCAGUAUCAGUAACUGUUCACUAUUUUCAAACCGAAGUCAUGGAAGCGAAUCACUCGCCAAAAAUGGAAUCCUGGUUAGUAGACGUCAAGAAAGUUCACAUUCCCCGGCCAAAAUUCGGCAGCGGUACCCGUUGCUACGGCUACAGCUAUCCAACUGAGCCGCCUAAAGAUUACGUCAACGAAGAAGGCAGAGACGAUUUCAAAUAUAAAAACUCCACAAACAUGGUUAAAGCGACCGAAGAUAUAAGGAGAGCCCUUCAAAAAUUAUAAUGGACUGAUAUUAAUGGUUAAAAUACCGUUGAUGUAUUUGUAAAUAUAUUUAAUUGCUUAUUGCAAUAUUCAGCCCUAUAGCGAUUACUUAGUUUAACAUAUUUUUAGGUUAUUUUUAAAUAAGUGACCCAUGUUAUUAUAGAAAUAUUUUAAUUUUCGAAGUUGAAUGGCUUCUACGCUGAUCGUAUUUUAUUAUAUAUUUUUUAUUUUGUUGUAUUUGUUUUAAAGUAAAAAGAAUAUGCAACUAAAUUUGUUCUUAUAGUCGAAUUAAAUAAUUUAUAUUAAAUUUUUACUAAACAAUGACGUAAAAAGGUUCAAUUUAUACUAUAACGAAUUGUACUUAAAAAAAUCUGCAAUAUAAGGCUCAAAGAAAUUGAUUCAUUAUUGUGCUGUGCUUCAACUCUUUCAGUAUCAAUUUGUUUAUUUGAUUUAAGUGUAGUUUUUACAUGAUAAAAUAUUAAUUUAUUCAAUUUUUUCCAAAAGGGGGUCUUUUGGUACCAGGGACAUUUCCCACUGGGUAUAUUGGACAUAUAUAUAUACAUAGAGAGAUGAUACUUUCUUCUAAUGAGCCCUUUGAUAGAUAAGAAAUCCCAUAUAUUCAUAAGCCUACAAUAUUAUCGUCGGCGUAUCACAGAUGUUCAGGAAAAGAAACAAAACAAUACAAAAAAGAUUUUCUAUUAUUUUCUCGCCGUCCAUCCUUAAAUAUCAUCGAAGAGUUAACCAAUAGCAGACAUCAUCAGCUGCAGAUAAAAAAACACUUUUCCACCACUUGGUUGUCUUUUCGUACAUAGCGUAAAGGCAAAUAUUCCUUGUCCCAACCAUCUUGAGGCAAGGAAUAUCUACUUGGCUUUUAUUUUCACUUCAGUCAUUUCAUCUCUGACUGUUAGAAUGUACUGCGACAUCUUUAGUGUCCAAGAAAUUACAUGUAUACCAAACUCAUUGCUCAUAAAGUGAAAAUUUUUUUCUGAUGAUUAUUGAUGUACCAACUGCUACAAAAAGUAAUUCAUUAAUAAGUUUUGCACUUGUUGCAAAUAUGUCAAAGCAUAAGCUGACAUCAGUGUCUCGAAUGGUUCCUGCUAUAGGACAUCUUCUCCUGGAGUUGUACUGCAUCUGCAUCUUUUCCGGAAUAUUUAUCCAAGUCAUAUGUGUAGCCAGUUUUGAAUCACAUCUUAGCCAUGACUUCACGUCUCUUUUGAAGGACUUUAGAGGAAAGUAUUGUUUGGAAGAUAGAAGUUGAAGUUUAUUUUUAAAAAUUGAUUGUUUAAACAUUAUAUUGCCCAGUGACCUAUUUGCCAGAAGUGUACUAGGUUUCUCGGCUGGGAUAUGAAAUUUUUGGACAAAAAUGUUGUCUACAAUUUUCUAUUGAUCCAAUUUUAUUAUAAGGAUAUUUAGAAUUGGUGUGUUGUCAUCUUUUGGUAAACUAUCAGUGAACAAAAAAUUAUUAUGAAGUUCAAAAAACGCAUUUUACUUAUAUGUAUAUGUAUCUAUGUCCAAAUAACGAAUUUCAUAAAAAAAUAUUGUUUUAUUAACUAGACGUGCCCUAAACAUUUUGUGCAGGAGUUUUUUAGUCCUAAAUAAACUUACCUCGACAUUUUGUAAUUAGAAUGUACCAGUAGGGCACAGCCUGAAUCAAAAAUGACCCAUUAGGAUUGAAAGGGUUAAUAAUGAUUGUGUCUAAACUAAAAUUUUUAUACGAUAUUACAAGUAAAGACAAAAACUACAACUAAAGUGUUUACUGCAGAUACAUUUUGAUCCUGUAUGUCGCAGUACGGCAGGAGCCAAUACAAAUUUCAUUAGCAUAAAACACCCAGAGAAGUAUUAGUAAACUUGUACCAGCAACAUUUGUACUUUUUACUAUCGUUGUUAUUAAAAUUAAUUCAAAAACUUAUAAA